AUAUUUGUUCCCGAGAUAACUAAAUCUUCGACAUUGUUUUAUUAAAGUUUUUUUGUUGUUGUUAAAUAAAUGGCAACAUAUUUAACUGUAUAAUUUUAAUGAAGCAAACUAUAAUAAAUAGUUACUGUGGACAUAUAUAACUUUAUUAGUCACUAAUGCUCUUUCAGAGUGUGUCUGCUUUUAAGUUGAAGCAUUGAGCGGGUUGAUUUGUGUGCAAGCUUCUCCACACUUCCUUCAAACAUGGAGGAAAGAGAGAGAGAAGUGAUCAGUGAAGUCAGUCCGGUGUGUUGUGAUCAAACGGCGAGUUUAACCUCCUGUAAGCAGCAGAACCCAGGCGGAGACGAUGAUCCUGCUACUGCUACUGCUGUGGACAAGAAACUGGACAUUAGUUCCGAUCAGUUUGACCCGCUGCUUGCCUUGUAUUCUGCAGAGGUUCCUCUGCCUUAUCCCAACGCCAGGUGCUUCAACAACCUCGCCGAGUAUGAGAGCUUCAUGAGAGGCGGCCGUGGAAGGGCGAAGCCUGAGAAUGUGGAGAAAAAGAUCCGCAAAGCCAAAAGAGGAGAAACGGAUCCAGAGAGAAUAGAGAGGCUGAAAAGCCUGAUGGUGAAAAAGAGCGCGUGUGAAGAAGGAGAGGAGAGAAGAGUGAAGAGACACAAAGCUCCAAAAAAUGUUCUCACGAGGAUGCAGUUGCACGAGGGCAGUCCUUUAGCAGAGCUGAAUCGCUGUGUUCAGCAGCGCCUCCGAGUCCGAGUGCACAUUCGCUCGUUUAAGGGUCUGCGUGGAGUGUGCAGCGGCUUCGUGGUGGCUUUCGACAAAUUCUGGAACCUGGCGAUGGUGGACGUGGACGAAACCUACAGGGAGCCUUUACUCGGAGAGGCAUUCUACCACGAAAAAGCACUGACUGUUACAAGGCUGUUUCAGAAGUUGCAAGUUCAGGCUGCAUCUGGGAAAGCAGCGGAGGCUGAGAGUUCAGAAGCAGCCGAGCCGAGUGCAGAACCACACCCUAUCAGCACGAGCAGCACCGUGAGGAUCCGAACAUCCAGACAAGCAGCGGAGAGACUGGCACAGUCUGUGAAAAACCUGGCAGUGACCGGCACAGACACGUCUCAUGUAUCUGCUGCUGGUUCAGAGCAGAGACCGAAGGUGUCUAAGCCAAGAGUGGAGUACGGACGAGUGCGUACUCGUCACGUCAAUCAGCUCUUUAUCCGGGGAGAAAACGUUCUCCUUGUGAAUAUUCAGCAAGAAUAGCAGCAUUGUGUUAACUGAUUAUUGGAAUAGGUACUGUUUCAGGUUCUAAGCACACGUUUAAGGACAGGCACUGAGUCUUCUUAUUGUAUCAUAUUGAUAUGAAUAUAAUCCUACUUGUAGAAGUGGAGAAAAUACAAAUAAACCAAAUUCAUACUUG